UUGUUCCCAAAAAACACCGGUUCGCCUCUGUAAAACUCUUCUGUGCAGCUGCAGAUGUUCAUAGGCAUAGGCAUUCGUAGCAUCGUCUAACACACACGUUUUCAAGUGCAUUUCCCGGCAAAUAACCUUGAAUCGACACAAAUGAUAUAAUUUUAAUACCGAAAGAACUUCAUUAUCAUUUAGCAUAAUGACACUGGACAAUUCGUGGCACGUGAUCAAAACCGCCGCUGCAGAAAACAAACAUGAAUUAGUGUUGUCAGGCCCGGCAAUAUCUGAAUUGAUUGAAAAAACAGGUUUAGACAAUUCGUUAUUUAACCUACAACAUCUGAACUUUUUAAAUAUAUCGAACACGUGUUUGGAUAAAGUACCAAAUGACAUCAAAAAGUUACAGAAUUUAACGACUUUAGUGUUGCACUCGAAUCAAAUUUCAGAAUUGCCUGAUACAAUUGAUAAAUUAGAAAAACUUAAAUUUUUCGAUUGCUCCAGGAACAAGUUAAAGUCGUUACCAGAUGAACUCGGAAAACUUCCACAGUUAACGACACUAAACUUGAGCUCCAAUAGUUUGAACUCAUUACCUUCUCAAGCACUUAAUAUCAAAUUGAGUGUUCUGAACCUAUCAAACAAUAAAUUUGAAAAUUUCCCUGACGUAUGUUAUCCAGAACUGAUUCAUCUUUCUGAGAUUUAUGUCAAUGGCAAUCAAAUAAAGGAUAUUCCUGUAACCAUAAGUCAAUUACCAUCUUUGAAGAUAUUAAAUAUAGCUGACAAUUCAAUUUCAGUUGUGCCAGGCGAAAUUGCUGAUUGUAAUAAGCUAAAGGAGUUAUACUUGAAUGGAAAUAAUUUAACAGAUAAGAGAUUGUCGAAGUUAAUCGAUCAAUGUCGUACUAAACAAGUAAUAGAAUAUGUUAGGCAGCAUUGCCCUAGAACCACUAAUUCAGCUGCUUCAAAUGCCAAAACAAAAAAGGGCAAAAAAACACAGAAAUCCUCUGAAUCUGAAAAUAUUGUUAAAGAAAUAAAUGAUUUAUCACACAAAUUAAGAGUUCUGAAAGUGACAGAUAAUACACCAGUCAUUAAGAUUACAAAAUAUAUAACAAACGUAAGACCUUACAUCGCGGCUUGCAUUAUUAAAAACAUGAAAUUCACUGAUGAUAGUUUUAAAAAAUUUAUUCAACUUCAAACUAAAUUACACGAUGGCAUUUGUGAGAAAAGGAAUGCUGCAACCAUUGCAACGCAUGAUUUUAAUUUAAUCAAACCUGGUGAUUUAGUAUAUACAGCGAAACCCCCAACUCUAUUAGAAAUUAAACCGUUAAUGCGUAACAACAUUUAUACUGGAGCUACAUUAUUCCAACAAUUACAAACAGAAGCUGAAAAUUUAAGAAAGGAUAAAAAGCGGAAUGUGUAUUCUAGCAUUCAUAAAUAUCUCUAUCUGCUAGAAGGUAAACCUGUGUUUCCAUGUUUAUUAGAUGCUUCAGAACAAGUUAUAUCUUUCCCACCGAUAACCAAUAGUGACGUUACUAAAAUGUCAGUAAAUACUGAAAAUGUAUUUGUGGAAGUAACCAGUGCUGUGUCAUAUCACAUUUGCAGGAAUGUGCUGGACCAGCUUUUGAAAGAAAUAGUCACACUUGGUUUUGGAUGUACUUUAGAAGAAAAAAAUAAUGAAAAUUAUCAUAAUUUAGUCGUAGAACAAGUGAAAGUAGUAGACAUGGAUGGAAAUAUGAAACUGGUAUAUCCUUCAAGAGCAGACUUGAAUUUUAAGGAUAAUAUAAUAAGUGUGCUUACUCUAUUGUGUUGCAUUACAAUUAUAUUAUCUUUUUGUAAGGGAUAUUCUCCUUAAACGAAAAGUUUCAUUUUAUUUUUGUGGCAUUAUAAGUUAUUUUUAGACCUUUUCGUGAUUAUUGAAAUAAGUUACUGUAUAUCAAUGUAAUGUAUAUAACGCGUUUUUAUACAAGACUUUUUGGUAUACACAGAUGUAUAUUACAGAUUAAGUGUGAUACAAUAUUUUUGUACUGAAAAUGCAAAAUUGUAUGUAAUAAUAACAGCAACAUAUGUUUCUUUAAUGUUAUAGACGUUA